GGCUUGCCUGGAUGCCGGAACCAUCAGACUGUGGACUCUGCACUGCCGGGCAGUAGAGAGCUGAAGGGGGGGAAUGUUUCAUCCCACACUGGGGAGUUUGAGCAGAGCAGAAGCUUAAGGAAUAUCCUUACCAGACUCAGUGUUCACCUAGGCUACGUGCCGAUGCCCUGAAAUAGAGUGACCUCUACUAAGUGAACAUUCGCGGCCAAAAUGAACUUCUGCUGACUUGGUAACGAGUGGGGUGGUGUGGGCAGACCUCCUCCUGUUCAUGAUGGCAUCGAGCGCUGAAAGUCAGCUUCAGAGGAUUAUCAGAGAUUUGCAAGAUGCCGUGGUAGAACUAAGCAAGGAAUUUAAGGAUAUCGGGGAGCCAAUUACAGACGACAGCACCAACUUGCACAAGUUUUCCUACAAGCUUGAGUAUCUUUUACAGUUUGACCAAAAGGAGAAGGCCACUCUCCUAGGGAACAGGAAAGACUAUUGGGAUUAUUUCUGUGACUGUCUGGCUAAGGUAAAAGGAGCCAAUGAUGGGAUCCGCUUUGUCAAGUCUAUUUCAGAGCUUCGAACAUCACUUGGGAAGGGCAGGGCAUUCAUACGCUAUUCCUUAGUGCAUCAGAGACUGGCAGACACCUUGCAGCAAUGUCUUAUGAAUACCAAAGUAACCAGUGACUGGUACUAUGCAAGAAGCCCGUUCCUGAAGCCCAAAAUGAGCUCCGACAUUGUUGGCCAACUGUACGAGCUCACGGAGGUCCAGUUUGAUCUGGCAUCCAGAGGUUAUGAUUUGGACGCUGGUUGGCCAACAUUUGCCAGGAGAACUCUGGCCUCUCUUGGCUCUUCAGCAUACAUGUGGAAACCCCCAAGUCGAAGUUCAAGCAUGAGUAGCCUGGUGAGCAGCUAUCUGCAGGCUCAAGACUUGGCUUCCAGCUUUGAUGUGAACAGCUCCAUGAACACUGAGGCUCUGGAAGGCUUUGAUGAAAUGCGUGUAGAGCUGGACCAGCUGGAGCUAAGGGAGAAGGAACUACAGGAUCGCUUGCAGCAGUUGGAGAAGGAAAACCGGGAGCUGAGGCAGGCCACGAGCCUCCACACAGAGCAAGUGCAGGCAGAGCAGGAGAAGGGAAGAGGCCUGACCGAGGAGAAUGCCCGGCUGACCCAAAGGGUGGCCGAGCUCCAGAGGGAGUGCCAGCUCUCCCAGGCGACGCAGAGCACCAUGCAGGAGCUGCAGAAGUGUCUGAAGACAUUGGAGCAGGACACAGCUGAAAACAAAAGGGAAUGCCACUCGACCCUGCAACAUCUGGAGUCAAAAUUGCAGCCCCUGGUGCAGCAGCUGGCGACAGCCUGGGCCGCCAACACCAUGAAAGACCAGCGCAUUGCUGACCUCCAGGCCAGGCUGGCCACGGCCAAGCAGAAGAAGCUGGACCAGGUGGCAGAGGGAGGCACGGUGGUGGAUCGGAGUGGCCGGCAGGCAUCUGAUCAACUCAUCUUCUCCCAGGACCUUCAAGAGCUGGUGGAAAAGCAGGUGGUUGAGCUGGAGAGGCUGACCAAGGAGUUACAACAGAAAGAGGAAGCCCAGGGUGAGCUCGAGGCCAGGUUCAACAUGUUGGUCACGAGCUCUCGAGAAGAAAACGGGAAACUGCUCAGUGACCUGGAGGGGCUGGUCAAGGAGAUGGAGCCUUUGCGGGAAGAGCUGGCGUCGAAAGGGAAGGAGGUGACCGAUCUCCAGCUCCAGCUGAAAGAAUCGCUGGCCAGCUCCGGGUCUCUGGAAAAGGAGCUGGAAGAGUUAAGAAGGGAAGAGAGGUUCCGUCGGGCCGAGCACAGCCAGGAGAAGGAGCUGCUGGAGCAGGAGGCCAGCUCGCUGGCCAAGCAGCUCCAGCUCCUCUCGGCCCAGCUGUCCCAGGCCAACCAGCGCGCCAGUGAUCUGGAGGAGCAACAGAGGCAACUGCUCGGUGACCGAGACCAUCUCCACCAGAAGGUCGGGGAGCUGGAAUAUCUCAUCGGGCAGCAGAGCCGGGAGCUUGGGGCUUCUGGGGAGAACAAGGAGCUGAGCUCGGGGGACUCCCUGCUGCUUCAGGCCAGAAAGAGGCCGCAGGAGCAGCAGAAGGGGCCACAGGAGGCGGCUGCCUCCGUGGAAGGGGCCGUGCCGCAGGCGGCCGAGAAGCUGCUCCAGGGACAGAGCAGCGAUGCCCAGGCGGGACGCGGAGAGCAGGAUGAGGAGCUGCAGAAUGCGCUCCGCAGAAACCAGGUCCUCGAGGACAAGCUCCAGACCCUGCAGGUGGACUAUGAGGACCUGAGGCAGCGCGAGGCGGCCAUCAAGGGCUCCCUGGCUUCCCUGGAGGCCGAGCAGGCCAGUAUCCGCCAUAUUGGUGACCAAAUGGAGAAGAGCCUGCUGGCCGUGAAGAAGGCCAAGGAAACGAUGAAGGCCCAGGUGGCAGAGAAGGAGGCCACCAUACAGAGCAAGGAGAGCGAGUGUCAGCAGCUGCGGGUGGAGGUGGAGAGGUAUCGGAGGCAAGUGGAGGCCCACGAGGAGGAGAUGAAGGGCCUGAGGAGCGCGUGCCAGCAGCAGGCCCAGCUGAUCGGGGGCCUCAGUUUGGAAAGGGGGGUGAUGGGGAAAGCCCAGCUGGAGCAAAGCGCGGACCGGGAGAAGGGCACGCAGGAGCUGGCUUCCCACCUCGUGCUGAUGCAGAAGCAGCUGGAGAUCCACCAGGAUGAGGCCAGGAGGUCGCAGGCAGAGGCGGUCGAGCUCAGAACCAAGCUGCAGAGGGCCCUGGAGGACCAGGAGAAGGCCCAGAGCCGGCUGGAGGUGGUGGAGACGCUUCUGGCGGAGAACAGAGGCCUGGUUGAGCAGCUGAAGGAGCAAAAUGAGGGCCUCAACCGCACACACGUGCAAGAGCUGCUCCAGUGUACCGAGAGGGAGCGCAUGCUGAGGGAGGAGAAGGCCGGGGAGGCCGGACAGAGGGCUGAGCAGGAGACACAGCUCCGAGAAGAGCUGUCCCGAGCCAAGCAGGAUGCCGAGGUGGCACAGCUGGAACAUGCUGAGGUCCAGGAACAGCUCCACCGGGCCAACACAGACAUGGCCGAGCUCGGCAUCCAGGUCUGUGCCCUGACGGCCGAGAAGGCACAGGUGGAGGAGAGGCUGGCCCAGGCCUCCCGGGAGCUCCGGGAGGCCCAAGAGAGGACUUCCAGGGAGCAGGAUGACCUCCGGCGGGACUUGGAAGGGCUCCGGCAGGAGAGGGAGAGCCUGCUCGAGAAACUGAGGGUGGCCCAGGAGAGCGCCCGCACGCUGCCCAGCCUGCAGAACCAGCUGAGCCUGGCAGAGAAGCAAGCCCAGAGUGUGCGUGAGGCUGGUCAGGAGGAGCUGUCCACGGUGAAAUUCCAGAUGAGCACCGAGAUCAUGAACUGCCAAGCCAAGCUCAAGGCAGUGACUGAAGAGUGUAAGAAUCUAAAGGGUCAACUGGAAGAAAAAGACGGACAGCUAAGGGCAGCUGAAGAAGAGACUGCAAAGCUGAAGGCUAUGGAAGCAGGUUUGGGGAAGGAAUUGGAACACUCAACAGAACAACUGGCCAAGUACCAAGCUACAAUCAUAACAAAGGAAGAGGAAGUUGCGGCCCUGAAUGCCAGUUUGGAAAGGACACAAAAGGAACUUGAAAAAUCAGAUGCAAAGGUCCAAGAAUACUGGGACAAGCUCAGCCAGGAGAUAGCAGAUCGAGAGAAAAAUGAACAGCAGAUGCUAGCCAAUUUGGAAGAUCUGAACAAAACCAAGAAAUACCUUGAAGAACGGCUAAUAGAACUACUCAGGGACAAGGAUGCUCUUUGGCAAAAGUCUGAUGCCCUGGAAUUCCAGCAGAAACUCAAUGCAGAAGAAAGAUGGCUUGGAGACACAGAGGUGAAUCACUGCUUGGACUGUAAGAGGGAGUUCAGUUGGAUGACCCGACGACACCACUGCAGGAUAUGCGGGCGGAUUUUCUGUUACUACUGCUGCAACAAUUACGUCAUGACCAAGCAUAGUGGCAAGAAGGAACGCUGCUGUCGGGCCUGCUUCAGGAAGUACACAGAAGGGUCUGGCUCCCCAGAUAGCUCGGGCUCAGCAACCUCCCAGAGCGAGCCUCUCUCCUCUCCACCCAAGGCAGUGGGCGAUCAGGCCUCCGGAGUCAGAGUGGCACAUCCAGACUCCCGACCCCCAGAUGAUGCAGUGUUUGACAUCAUCACUGACGAGGAAUUGUGCCAGAUACAGGAAUCUGGCUCCCUCCCCGAAACACCCACUGAAACGGAUUCACUUGACCAAAGCAUGGCUGAACAGGACAGCAUAUCCAACUCUUUAACACCUGAUGACUCCGAGGACAUGCCCAUAGGCCAGGACGCAGAGAUCUGCCUGCUGAAGUCUGGAGAACUGAUGAUAAAAUUACCCCUGACAGUGGAUGAGAUUUUAAAUUUUGGGGAAGGCAACAGGGAGCUGUUUGUCAGAUCCAGCACCUACAGCAUCAUCCCGAUCACUGUGACUGAGACUGGCCUCACCAUCAGCUGGGUCUUCUCCUCUGACCCCAAAAGCAUAUCAUUCAGUGUGGUCUUCCAAGAAUCCGAACAAGCCGCCCUGGAUCAGUGUAAGGUUCUCAUUCCCAUGACCCGUUGCAAUUCCCACCGUGAAAACAUCAAAGGUCAGCUGAAGGUCAGGAAUCCAGGGAUCUACAUCCUGAUAUUCGACAACACCUUCUCCAGGUUCAUCUCCAAAAAAGUCUUUUAUCACCUGACAGUUGACUGGCCCGUGAUCUACGACGGGAGUGAUUUUCCAUAGAUUAGAAGGCCUGCCAUCUUCACCGCUUCACUUUAUCCCCGGGAAACACUACUCUUAUUUAUGCUCCACAGAAACACUAAAGAACAGAAGGAAAGCCUGGAGCAUCUUGGGCACGCUCCCAGAAGCCUCCGCUGUCUCAGAACACUCUGCUCUGUACCGUGUACAGAUGGCUAUUGGCCAUGCAGCUUCCUGUGACCCAGGAAUCUCUCUCUUCUACUAUUGAAGGACCUCAGUCACAGCCUGAUGGGGAUUUAAGAUUAACAACCAAUGACUGUGAAUUUCCCAGGGGUAUUCUCUUGAGUUUGCAGUACUUGGAUACUUAAAGGAGAUGGUCUCUUCUCUGGACAACUGUUUUUUAUACCUGCUGUUGUUUGUACCCAAGAAAACAGGAGGGCCCCUGUUUAUAAAAGCCGAGGGGGGGGAGGGGGGAGUCUGGAGCAGAGGGAUGGGUGAAUCAUCCAAACUCUUGGAAUGGAGUGAAGAGAGACACACUGCUCGUGGCAGUGAUCAGCCAUGGUUUGUAGCCAUCACCAUCCUCAGCAUGAUGCUGUAGGUUGGUAUCUCUUUUCUAGCACCUUUUAAACACCAGCAAAUACUCAAGGAAAUCAAUCAUGCAAAGCAGCCAUCAAAACAAUUGUUGAGAUAGAAAAGUCAGUUCAGUUCAGCAGCUCCUUAUUAAACACCAGCUAUGGGCAAGGCUUGUUGGGUGCUGAGAAUACAAAGACAAAAAGGAAACAACUGGGGGCAGCUAGGUGGCGCAGUGGAUAGAGCACCGGCCCUGGAGUCAGGAGUACCUGAGUUCAGAUCCGGCCUCAGACACUUGACACUUACUAGCUGUGUGACCCUGAGCAAGUCACUUAACCCCAAUUGCCUCACUAAAAAACAAAAAAACAAAACAAACAAACAAAAAAAGGAAACAACUGUUCCUGCCCUCAAAGGGCUUCCAAUCUGAUGUUCAUAUGGAGACUGAGACAGAUGAGACUUCUGAAUGCUUGGUCUUCAGCCUGGUCAUGUUCCCUUAUCCCUCCCAUUGUCCCCCCAGUUUGGGAGCUUCUCAGAAGCUCAGCUUAGCCCUUGAGAAACCUGUCCCUGCUGCCCUCCUUCCCAAGCCUCCCUCUAUGUCUAGUCUCCUCAAAUAACUGCACGAUUGGCUCUUGAGUUUCAGCCUUCUAAACACAUGGGUAGGUAGAGUCACUCCAUUAGGGACACAGUCACAGAUAUAAGUGUCAAUUGUGAAAACAAUCAAAUGAUCAGGUUGUCUGAGCUGGAGUCCCAGUCAGUGGCUAUUCUCACACUGGACACAUGCCUGCUGAUGUCUGUGAUGGGAAAAGGAAAAGAAAGUCGUUUUGCAUUUAUUUGACAUUAUGCUUCUCUCCAGCUAGAGAGCCCAGGAAGACCUUUUGCCUUGAGUAGAGCUUUUGGCAUGGAAAUGGAUGUUGUUGUUUUUUCAACUGAAACUGGCUCCCUGGUACUAAAUGCAAAUAUGUUUGCAGAAAUACAAAUACGUUUUCAUUUGCUGAUGACUCUAACCAAAGCAUGGUUCUGAUUCCGAAAGCAAUCACUUUUGAAAGAAUAUUUCUUUGAGAAUAGAUAUGUAAGCAUCAAAAUCAUGAUGUAUUUACUGCGUUCUUAUUCUUUGAUUUAGUCUUUAGCCCUGGCACACAUAUAGGACAUAUGAUUUGCAGAGCCACAUUUUUUUUCCCCCUUGUUCCCAUCUCAUGCCUUUUAAAGAGCUCAUCUGCUCUCAUCCCACAGACUUUUCUCAAGGAGAAUGACAUUUUUUCACUGGCCCCUUCCUCUUCCCAAACACUGGACACCAUCUUUGCUUUCAUCAUUUUCUGCCUUUAUUUCCUGAACUGACUUUUCCAAGGUCGGUUGUGUCCCUCAGACCUCAGGUGCUUCCUGAGAUGUGGUGCUCCUGAAGAAAGAGUACAUUGGGAAGAGCAAUGGACUGGGGGCUCAGAGGACCCAACUUCAGGUUCAGACUCUGCCACUCACUAGCUGCACAGCCUUGUUCAGGUCACUUCACUCUCAUCUAUAAAAUAUAAAUGAGGACUUCAGGCUAGCACAGGUCAUAUGCAUCUGCAUCAUGGCUGGCUGGUGAAACCCAUGGAUCUCUUCUCACAGCGAUCUUGAAAGCCAAAAAUAAAAUGCACAGGAUUACAAAGGAACCGAAUUGUAUUGAGUUAUCAAAAUACUCAUCAAAUUCAUGGAUCCCAGCUUAAGAGCCUCUGUGCUAAAUCAAUUCUAAUAUUCUGUGAUUCUAAGUACCGAUGAGAAGGACAAGUGUUGCUAGGUCCAGCACAUGCUACAACGGACACUCUAAUUCUAGCAACUAUGAACUUUGGGGUGAAGAGAGGAAGAGAAAUAGAUGUUGAGUUGAAGGGCCUCGUAUAGAAAGGGAAGCUGCUGAUUUGCAACAGAAGAGUUGGCCAUUUUGAAUCAGGGAGAGGGAGCAACAGGAAUGAUGAAUGGUGCCUGCCUUCUAUUUAGGAGGUUUGACUCAAGUCCCUUGAACCACCCUCCAUGAGCAGAAAGCCAAUUGAUGCAUUCCCUCAGGUGGGAAAGGAGCAGUAGCAGUGAUCUUCAUUCCAGGGUUUGGAAGAAGUGGGGGAGAAGAGAGGGGAGCUGGGAGAAGAAGUUUGAGAUGGGAACAAAGUUUGGGAAAGUGUUGUUGUAGUGAGUGAGGCGCAGCCACAAAUCUCUUUUCAGUGAACCUUCAGCUCCAAAAUCUUAUCAAGAAGAGAUUAUUCAGGGCUAGUUGCUUGUUUUGGAAAUAUUUCAUGACUGUCCACCUUCUGGACACUGGAUAGAACUUCAAACCAGCCCCACAAGAAGGUUUAUGAAACUUGAGGCUCCAGUGGUCAUAGGCACCAUCCUCCUCCAUUGCCGUGAAGAAUCAAGGGUUGACUGCAUUGCUGGGAGAAGCUAGAAAUCAAAAAGUAAACCUUCAUCUAGCUUGAAUGUACUUUGUGGCAACCAGUUUUAUCUAGGGCACCAGGGCCACUUCAGGAGCCUCAGCCUGACCCCUAGCUGAUAACAUUGUCUUGAUGAUCAACACCACUGCCAACAAAUAUGUACAGACUUCUACUACACCCAAGGCAUUGGGUCGGGUAGUAAAAUAUGUCUUUCCAGCUGAGGUUUGUUGUGUCUUGCUGUCAUAGACUCUAGUAGGAGGACAUGUUACAGAUUAAAAAAAAAUACAAUCCAUUGCUUCUUAGGAAGCCAGGCAUGGAGGUCAUAAGGAGACACCUUACUUAGGAUGAUGCAUAGAAUUUUGAUUGUUCUAGGAGUUGGGCAAUGAGAUUGAAAAUGAAUGGCACUUUGUCGUAUUCAGAGGGCUGCCCAAAUCAUGCCAGAGUCACUUCACUAGCUAUAAUAGUAGCUGCAUAUUUAUUUUUCUGUGCUAGACACAUCUUAUGCUCUUAAUGAGGCAUUUAGCUUUUUAAUGGAUUCUAAGAUUGGAAACACUGUAGCCUAUGCAAUGACCGCUCUUACCUCUAGGUGUGGCUUUAAACUGUGUUACUUUGAGUUACAGUUAGAUUGCCAACUUGACUAGGUGCGGUGGGUUUGGGGUUUUGUUGUAUAACUGGGAGCUGUUGAAUAUUUUAGUUCCAACUAUAACCCAUUGACCAGAAAUAAUCCAAUAGGAAGCAUCCUUGGAAUUCCAGAUUACUAUUGUUCUUUCUUAAAAAAUUGAUUACAAAGGGGCAGCUAGGUGUUGCAGUGGAUAGAGCACCAGCCCUGGAUUCAGGAGGACCUGAGUUCAAAUCCAGCCUUAGACACUUAACACUUACUAGCUGUGUGACCCUUGGCAAGUCACUUAACCCCAAUUGCCUCACCAAAAAAAAAAAUUGAUUACAAAGCAUCCAGCAGAAAGAUAACUUAUUUUUUUUGUAGGUCCCAAGUUACUUGGAUAUCCAUUGCCCUGAACCAUUAGUUGUACUUCACAACUCCAAGAACCAGGUCACAUUUAUCCAGUCAUAUUCUGGUAUAAGCCAGUUCAUGUUUUUCAUUGUUGGAAAAAAAAAAAUUGUCUCUAAGUACAUACUUAAGAAAGCACUUUAUGAUUCUAGCAUUGGGGAUUCAGAAAGAUAAGAUUAAGCAAAGCCUUUCCCUGCCCUUAUUCUUAUCUAGAAACCUGAGAAUUAAUCAAUCAUUAGGGCUUUGGAAAAGGACAAUGUGUGAAUAUAAAACAAGACUGAUUUUCCCCUGCUCCCUGGGGUCAUCAGUCCUGUUGCUUAGUAGUGCUCCUAGAUACAGGUCCUACUCAAAAUGCUAGGAAAAUAUGGCAAAGAUGGCUAAAGCAUGAGGUACAGACAGGGUCAAAGGCAAACUCCUGAUGAAAUGAAACCACUUUUAUUUUAAUAGAAAAGCUGUGCUUUAAGACGUGACUUACAUUUUCCUCCUUGCAGCCCUGUGUGGUUUCAUACUAAAUGUUGGUUGUGGCCUCAGCUAAGAAGCUGAGCUUUGGUGCCUGUGGAUCCUUAGCUCUGUUCAAGUCUCCAAGGCACCAUGCCAGCCACUGGAGGCACUAAGACAAAAAUGAACCAGUUCCUGCCCUCAGGAAGCUUCUGUUCAACUAAGUGAUAAUUUAUGCCCACAGAUGAGGGAGGGGGCAUUAACUACAGGUCCUUCCUUCUGAGGUCCAUUUGAUCCCAAGGUCGGUGGGGGUGGGGAAUAGAGAAGAGAAGCUUUGCUGCUAAAGUGACACCUGAUCUGAGUGUCAGAACAAGAUAGGGGGAAUGCUGAGUGAUCGAAUGAGAUUGUGUCACUGGUGAACUGAAAUCCAGGUGUCAAAAAAUUCCACUUUUUUCUUUGUGAAACCUUCAGUGCGCUUUGUUCUAUUUCACUGUUUCCAAUGGGGUCCUUCCAAAAGGCAGGGGAAACUGAAUUCACUGCAUGUUCUUUGGUCUUUUAAUGUUUCUUUAAAAAAAAAAAAAGGUAGUAGGUGGUUACAUAUCUGAAAGGUUAACCAGGGCAAGGCCCCCUCCAGGCCUGGCCACGCGUUAUUCAAAGGGGCUGAAGAGCAGGCACGCAGAUCUUGGAAUCUGCGACUUGACAGCUGGAAUUAUAUUUAGUGAGACCAACCUUCAGUGGAUCUGGCCUCAUCCUGCAUCUUGUUUGGGCUCCUGUUUCAGUGACAUCUGCCAAAGAAUUGCCCAAGAAAAGCUGUGCGAAACAUGGACGCCACCCCAACCAACCUGUAGCGCUGGGGCGACAGAUUUUUGUCACUUAAGUGUAUUCAUUUAUUAGCAAUACAUACACUGCACCAUGUGAGGUGCUUCAUGCUUUUUGCCUUUUUGGUUUUUAUCUCAGGAAUUAAAAGGAAAAAAUGUCA